AUGGAUAAUUUUGAACACUUAGCAGCAGAAAUUCAACAAACAAUUGAUGCAUUAAUACACAAUCCAGCAAAUAGCAGCGAAAGUGUCCUAAGAUUAAAUGAAAUUAAACAAAAUUUUUCAUCUGCCCUCGCCGCUUUUUGUAUUUUGCUCACAAAACAAUAUCAGCCAUUUCAUAUUCUUACUCAAAUACGCGAUAUUGUAUCUAAAAAAUGGAUAGAAAUCGAUGAUGAUAUUAAACAAUUUGCAAAGUCAUCAUUAUUAUCUUCAUUUCCAAAAAUUAUCUCAAAUAGUACUAAUGCAGCAAGUUUGAUCAAUAUAUUAGUUACAAUUUCUAAGUUUUCUUCUGGCCAAUGGGAAGAAUUGAACGAAAUGAUUUUAAGUCUUCAAGAAAAUGUCCCUAUUUUCAUCACAUUUAUUGCCGAAAUGAUUUUUGCUAAGCAGUUCGACUUCAUUCUUUUUAAUCAAGAUACUAUUCUCCCAAUUACACUUUCUGGUCUGAAUUAUUCAACAUGGGAAACAAGAAUACAAGCAAUGUCAGUUGUAGGCUUCCUUGUUGGUACUCUUGAAGAUCCAUCACUUAUUUCUGAACAAAUUGGAAUUAUUAUUCAAUUUUUAGCACAAUCAACAUCAUUAAACGAGGAUGAUUUCAUGAAGUUAUGGAACGAGUUCAAAAAUAUCGCUGAAUUAUUGCUAAUUGAACAUGAUCAACAGGUUGAGAUCGUAAACAUCGCUUAUCAAGCGGCUUCUUCGUUUGAAGGAUCAUCACAGGCCAUGUCAGCACCUAUAUCAGCCAUUAUGUCUUAUUUACCAAACUUAGAUUUAGAAAUUAUCGCUCAAAUUCUUGAUUUACUGUUUGUUAUUGCGGUCAAACAGUUGAACGAUGAAGAAGCACUUCCAACAGAUAUAUUGGAUCCAUUUUCAAUCGCUUCUGACUAUUAUCCAGCAGAUGAUUACUAUAAUUUCUUGAAAGGAAAGAUGGAGAGCGCUGAUAUCACUGAUCCAUCUCAAUUUGGAGUCUUUAUCGUUGCAUUUUGCAUAUUGAACUCUGUAUUUGACAAGUUGGUUUCGAAAUUUAAAUCAGAUUUUUCAUAUUACAUCGAGAUCUUCAAGCAAAGCAACGAAACAGGCAAUACACUAUUACUCACAUGCGUAUGCGACAUGAUUAACAACUUUAAUUCAUCUUUUGAAACGAUUUUAGUUCAAAAUAAUUUAUUCUUAGAUAUAACGAUUCCUUUGAUCUGCAACGAAGACAAAACAUUGCAGACAUCGGCAGUUAAUGCUGUUUUCAACGCUUUAGAUAAUGUUUAUCGACCAAUUUACGGAAUAUUCCAAAAACUUUGGGAAAUCAACUCCUUAGUUCCUCCCAACAUAUUAGGGCAAUACAUGAGAUUGCUUGGCAAAUCAAUCGAGUCCGAAAAGAGAGUAGAUCCAGAGCUUUACAACGAUCUUCUUCCAACUCUAUCGUCCUGGUUUACAAAUGACGAUAGCUCGAUAAUUAUCGGUGCGAUUUCCAUUGCGAUGAUAUUAGUUUCAUUCGACGAAUAUACGCACGAACAGUUAUUACAGCCAUUGGCAGAAGCAACACUCAAUGCUGUUGUUAAUAAAGAUGACGAAGAAUUGAAUAAAAUCGGUUAUAAUUGUGUGGCCGUACUUUGUAAAAUUCUCAAAUCCAAUGCCAUUCAAUAUAUUGAACCAAUUAUUCCAUUAAUUGUUCAAGCAGCAUCCGAAGAAGAAACUCCAUUAUUUAUUCGCACACAAGCUGCACAAACUUUGUGUGAAUUGGCAAAUGCAACAAAUUCCGAAGAAUUGAUCAAUGAUUGCUCGAUAUUAUUAGCACAUUCAAUGAAUAGUGAUGCUAAACUCAUCAAUAUCUUCUUCAAUUUGCUUCCAUUGUGCUCAACAUUCAUAUCUGGUGAAGAAUUCUUGAGUUUCAUCAGUAAAGCAUGCACAGCUAUCAAGUGCACAGCUAAUGAAGACUUAAUCACCGAAGGAUUGAUAGGUUUGAUGAAAACUUUCCAAAAUUUUGGAAAAUUACAAAAAUUGAAUAGUUUACAAAAAAUUACCAACUCCGAAAUUUUGAAUGCUACACAAAUAUGUUGCCAGUUUAUCAACGAGUAUAUCAAUGGAAACUGGGAAUUCCAAGGCGGUAAGCAUCCUUUAGAUGAUUUAGACACAGAUAUGAUCACAACUAUUUGCCAAUUGAUAGGAGAACUGUUUUAUUCUGUCUGUGAUGAACAAACACCAAUAUUAGAGUUCAUUGUCGCUCUUUUAACCAUUGAAGACAUGGAAAUUGUAGAUGCUGCCAUAGGAGUGGUCGCAGCUGCUCUUAACAGCGAAAUAAACGUCGCAGGGUUAUAUGAACAGUUCGUAAAUAUCGCUGGACAGCUAUUUAAUGACGAUUUGGACAUAGAUAUGAUUCAAAAUGAAACUUUCUUCUUAGAUUCACUUUUGAUGAAAGGUGUCAUAACUAAUGACUUCUUUAAUGAUAAAAUAAACGUUAUUCAGGCUUGGAUUCAUAGAUGUUCCACUGAUGAAGAAAAUAAUCCAGAUGCACUGACGACAAUCGUCCAUCUUAUCUGGGACAUUGUUUUAUCAGGUAAUGGAAACUAUAUUAGCAUCAUGAAUCAGACAUUUCAGCAUUUCCCUCCAAGUGAUGUUAAUGAUCUCCCUGAAUUUAUCGAUAUUUUGCUCCAAAUGCUUUCCAAUACUGAUAUAAUUGCUAAUUCUAAGAAUGGACUUGCUGGAUGCGUUGUAAGACUCCUUUCUAUGCCAGAAUUACAACUUACAAGCGUCGGAAUCACAAAUGAACAGAUUUCAGAUAUAAUACAAUCAUCAAAAUCCAAUAUUGGUUAUGAAAUUCUCAAUUUAGAGACUUCUAAACUCGAUAAUCCUAUUGGAUCUCAUAGAGCUUCUUCAUUACUCCAAUAA